GCUUACCAAGCUGGGCUUACAACCUGUGAAAGAUGUUCUCAAGAAAUUAAAUAAAUGGCCGCAUUUCUGCAGAGAUUGUAGCGGCUCAACUUAUUGGCCCGAUUUAAUCAAGAAUGCACAAAGAUUAGGCCUAGAAACUAAUUAUAUUAUUGGUUUUAGUCUAGAAGUGCAUCCUGAAAAUUCUGAGAAGUUUGUAAUGAGCGUAAGUUAAAUUGUGUUGUACGACAUCCGCUGGAAGAUUUUCGAUUACUUUUGUAAGUACCAUAAGAUGAUCGACGUACCCCAACUUUGGUAUCAAAAAGAAACAACCAGAAAAGCUCUAAUUAAAAACGCUUAGUAAAGUAAACGUUCUCCGUCAGAGCGCUAUUUUUUAUCAACUUAUCCUAACCUGCACGUUCGUCAGUUUUUCCGUUCGAUCCUUUCACCAAUUCGUCCAUCUAUCCGUCCAUCCAUCCAUUCAUUAUCUUGAUUGUCUUUCGUUUUAUUCGUCUGUGUGACUCUUCUUUGGCUAAUCCAUAUAGGUUUUAAGAGAAUUGAAUCUUCGAUUCACUUGCCGAUUUCGCGAAGGAGCCGACAGUCGCCUUUCGUACGAGUCUUCGAAUUUGAUACAAAUAUUAAUGAUUAAUGAGCCCAAUUUUAGUUUAGAACCGACAUAUUUGUUUGAGGGUUUUAAGCACCCCGAAGUUAAAGCUCUUUACGACUUCCUGGUGAAAAUGGCUAUUAAUUUGGACGCUACGCCCGAAAUGGCAGUCUCUGUUGUUCAUGCUGCCUUGAUGUUUGAGAUGAAUUUGGCAUCGAUAUCUUUGGGUCUGUCUCCUGUUAAUAUUAUGGACGCCUAUGAACCUCCGUAUAGCUUGAUUCCUAUUAAAACAUUGCAAUCAAUUCUACCAUAUUUGGAUUGGUUAGAAUAUAUUAAUGGUUUAUUAUCGACUGACCACAGCGUGAAUGAAUCGGAGAUAAUCCUUGUGAGAGAGAAAUCAUAUUUUAUGCAGCUGGGUUUGAUCCUGAGGAAAACCGAUCAUGUCGUCAUUUGUGACUACUUAAUCCUUCGAACUAUAAAAUAUUCCAUUCCUUUUCUACCAGAUAAGUUUUUAUUGAUGCAUUCGGCAUUGCAAACAAACAAAUCAAAACGUGCCUACAGCUCGGAUAAUUUAUCUUUCUUAAAAUCUGAAUCUCGUGAAGAGCAAUGUCUCUCAAUAAUACCACAAUUGUUCCCGAUUAUUAUUGGCGCCCUCUACGCUCGACAAUACAGUAACCUAGAUUCGAAAAGUAAAGCUACCGAAAUUUUCGAAAGUAUCAAAAGGGAAUUUUUGCACGGUUUGCAACAUAUCAUAUGGUUAGACGAAACGACCCGUACAAAAAAUAUUAACAAAUUGAAAUCAACGCAAUUUUAUAUCGGUUAUCCUGAGCAAUUGAUGGACGACGAAUUACUAAUUAAAUAUUAUGAGAAGCUGGAGAUACAUCCCUAGCGAUUUUUUGAAUCUUAUCGAAAUUUACGUAAUUUUAAAAGGAAUAAACUGUUGGAAAAAUAUUUUCUACCUUUCAAGAAAGCCAACUGGGA